AUGUCUUAUCAGGGGUUUAUCAACUGUCUUUCUAAAGAGGAGCAGGACUUCUAUGAAAUUAAAAACGCAGCUGCUGAGUUUUACCGGGUGAACAGAGUCCCCGAGGCGAUAGAGACAGCUCUGAACGAGCUCUUCCUCCACAAGCCCGGAGACGUUCAUGGUUACCUGGCAAAUUACUUUGCAAAUCUCUCUGCGCCACCAACGAUAAGCAGACUGAAGGGAAGGGAGGUUUAUGAUACAAGAGGACAGCUAUCCAUUGAGGCGGAGGUCUUCUGCAUCAUUUGCGACAAGGAAAAGAGCAUGUCCUCAGCUGCUGUCUCCAGCCACUGUGUGCCUAAGGAGACUUCACUGGAUUGGAAAGCUAAGACUCAGGAGAGGGCUGACCAUGUGAGGACUGCUAUCCAGUGGAUCGGCGAACCUCUGAACAACCUGUUGAAGGGCCGAAACCCCUGUGACCAAUCAGAAGUUGACCAGGCACUCAGCGAUUUCUUCAUGGCCCGCUAUCUGGAGGAGAAAGACGUCCGCAACAGGGAGAAGGAAGAGAGUCGUCCAUCCAGCGAGUCUGAGGUGGUGGUGCUUCCCUCUGCACCGCCUGCACAGGCUAAAGACAAAAAGAGUCUUGAUAAAGCUAAAAAGAGUACCACUGCAGAGAAGCCAUUUCCUCCAGCAGAGCCACCAGAACCAGUUCUGCCUGGGAGCUUGGCCAUUGGUUCAGUGUCUCUGGCUGUUGCCAAAGCUGGGGCACAAUUACAGGGCAUCCCUCUGUACAAAUACAUAGCAGCUCUAAAGAACCGAGAGACUCCAGCACAGUUUCACAUCCCCAUCUCCUUGGUAACUUUGCUGAGCUGUGGGAAGACGUCUCCUGGAAAACUGAGUUUACUGGAGGAAAUCAUCCUGAUCCCCAAAGCAGGACAACGAGUUAAACAAAUCGUCACAAUGACCCUUGAGUUACAGAAGGAGAUGAUGAGAAUAAUGAACAUUUCGACAAAAGCUGGGGCCACUCAGGCAAUUCUUCAUGACAGUGGAGCGCCGGCGGUGAGCUAUGAGAGACCUGAGCAGCCUCUGGAUCUGAUCACUGAAGCCUGCACUAACCUUGGACUGGCACUGGGAACAGAGAUCCAUUUAGCAGUAAACUGUGCCGCCUGUGAGCUAAUGGACUGUUCGAAAGGAAAGUAUGAAGUUGCAGCGGGGGUUUUGAAGUCUCCAGAUGAAUUAGUGGACAUGUACCAAACCCUCAUCAGCAAAUAUCCAGCUGUGGUCGCCUUAAUCAAUCCAUUUAGGAGAGAGGACAUAGACCAGUGGGAGAAGCUGAGCAAUGUGAUCGGAGACUCAUGUUCGCUGCUCUUUGACGUCACUUACAAGUCAAAGACCCCGCCCCCUCUGGGAGUCAGAGGUCGCAUCCUAAAACACAUUCACGAGACAACAGUCAGUGAUUUGGUCCGCAUCGCGUCAGAGCACCAAGGUUCAGUGUUAAUGGGUACAGCAUGCAGUGAGCCCUGCAGCAACGACUCUUUCUCAGAUAUAGCCGUGGGCUUGGGGCUGGACUAUGUCAAACUGGGAGGUCUGAGCGGCGCUGAGAGGAUGACUAAAUACAACCGGCUGAUUUCUAUAGAGGAAGAACUGGCUCAACAAGGAAUCCUGGUCUCCAAGGAGAAGCACUCACCUCCACUGUUCACUGACAAACUACAAAAGCAGCCCACCGCUGCAGAGGGAACUCUGUCACACAAGGCCUGAGGGAGAACAGCUCACAGCUUGUGUUUUCUGACAGUAUGAC